GUUUUUAUCCCCAACAGUAUAAUUGGCAGAAGAGUACGCGCAGUUUUUAACAUCACCAACCUCAAAUAUAACCCGUCCCUCCACGCAGCCUGUCAUGCUGCGAGCUGGUCUUCGAUCUUCGAGGGCGUUGGGUCUCAGACCCAACGUUGUCAGUCCUGGACGUCAAUGGAGAGCACAAAAUGCCCGGGUGAUUUCGGAUACUAUGGUAUGGAGCUUCAAGAUAUCCUAUUUCGGACAAUUGAUUGGUGUAAUGAAUGCUGAUAGCUGUUGGGUUUUCAGAGAAGCUAUGCCGAUAAAUCAAGUAUAUCAGAUUCGAGGCCUCCAGUACUCCCUGGAUCUGCCAGCGCGGCUACAUCCGAACCACUCCCACCUGGAGCUGUAGCAACUCCAAAUUCAGCUGCUCCAACCCCAGCAACUCCAACCUCUUCCACAAUUCCUGCAGAAAAUGUCCCUCUUACGCCCCCGCCUCCAGGACCAACCCCUCCAUCUUCGAGCCCACCACCUCCCGCGCCAAAGCCAAAGAGACGCUUCUUCCGCAAAUUCUUUACAACGUUAUUUCUGUUGACUACGUUGGGCUUUGGUGGAGGGGUUUACUAUUCCCGGAUCAAUGAUAACUUCCAUGACUUCUUCACGGAAUAUGUACCUUUUGGAGAGGAUGCGGUUCUUUACUUUGAGGAACAGGAAUUCCGAAAACGUUUCCCUUUGAUUUCAAGUCGAGCUUCAAGGCCUCCUAGAGAUACUGGUGAACAGGUUAAAAUUCCAAGCCAAAGUGGUGUAUCAUGGAGGGUUGCAAAUGAAAACAAGGACUCUACCGGACGACACACUAGUUCGGCGAAGGACAAGGCAAAGCCAUCAGAAGCCGUUCAAACACCACAUGAUUCAAAACCAGCCGAUAGAGUCAAGGUAGUUGAGCAAGUAAAGAGUGGAAAUUCUCCAGUAAAGAACUCCCCAGCUCCAUCAGCUAAUCCAGAACCUAAGCCAAGCAACGUUCAAAAGGAUCCAGAAGUCAAUGAGCCAUCCAGAGCAUACAAGAAAAUUGAGCGAAUUGACCCCAUUAACAUUCCUAACGGAAACGAGCCUGUGGUCCAGGAAUUGGUUAAGAUUAUGAACGAUAUCAUUGCGGUUGUCAAUGCCGACAAUGCAAAUGCUAGAUUCACAUCUACUAUGGACAAGGCAAAGGCAGAAUUGAACAGAGUCGGAGCCAAGAUAUUGGCUAUGAAGGAUGCAGCUUUGAAGGAAGCUGACGAGAAGAUCAAAUCUUCCGAUGCGGAAUUUGAUCGGGCUGCUAUGCAACUCUUGCAAAACUUCAAAAAUCAACAAGCAGAGCAAGAAGCUCAAUUCAGAGCUGAAUAUGAAGCCGAACGCAAGAGGAUUCAUGAGAACUAUGAGCAAAAGCUCAAGUCGGAGCUUGAUCGCGCAAAUGAGGUGAAUGAGAAAACACUCCGGAACAAUUUGGCAGAACAAGCUCUUGAACUUAAACGUGCAUUUUUGGCUGAUGUCAAGAACCGUGUUGAAGAAGAACGAGAAGGCCGCCUUGGCAAGCUUUCUGAGCUAACUAACACCGUUAAUGACCUCGAGAAGCUUACUGGUGACUUCAACACCGUCGUGGACCAAAACCUCAAGACUCAACAUCUUCAUGUUGCUGUCGAAGCUGUCCGGGCUAACCUUGAGAAGUCUCAAAUCCCACGACCCUUCACAAGAGAACUUGCUGCCCUGAAGGAAAUUGCGUCUGAUGACCCAGUUGUCAAUGCUGCAAUCGCAUCUAUCAAUCCAGUCGCUUACCAAAAGGGUGUUCCCAGCUCAGCUGCGCUCAUCGAUCGUUUCCGUCGUGUCGCAUCUCAAGUUCGCAAAGCUUCAUUGUUACCUGAGGAGGCGGGUGUCGCCAGUCACGCUUCAAGUUACGUAUUGAGCAAGCUUCUUUUUAAGAAGAAGGGUUUGGCAACCGGUGAUGAUGUAGAGAGUAUCUUGACUCGGACGGAGACUUACCUUGAAGAGGGUGAUCUGGAUGGUGCAGCUAGAGAAAUGAAUGGAUUGAAGGGGUGGGCAAAGACUUUAAGUAAGGAUUGGUUGGGCGAGGUUAGAAAGGUUCUUGAGGUUCAGCAGGCUCUUGAUGUAAGGUUUUCUUUUCCGUCACCUUCACGUUCAUACAACGUUACAAUUACUAACAACUCGCAGGUAAUUGCAACAGAAGCAAGAUUACAAAGUUUGAGAGUCGAAUAGAGAAAUAACAAAAUUGAUUUCUAUUACCUCUGUACAUGAAAUUCAAUGGUGGCGAAAAGACAAGAUUACCACGUACUUGUUGGUGGAGAGAUCAGUCGGUCAUUAAUUUAGACUGUUUGUAGAAGUACGGAUAGUAAAAUUAGAAUAUAUGUACUUUAUUACCACUGAUCGUCUGGUAUUGAACCAAUUUAUUGCCUCUGUGUGAGAUGGAGGGUGGGUUUGAAUCAUCGGAUGGUGCCAAAUUGAGUCGGU